UGUAGUGGCGACAUUUUGGUGUAGUUUUUUUUUGUUAGCAUUAUCCGUCAGUAAGUGAGCUUCCGAAAGUAGUAGGAAAUUUUUAUGUUGAAAUUAGGAGCACGACUUGCUUCUUGAAAUAUUUUCGCGCACAGAUUUUUUUGUCGCAGCCAUAACUAACAAUCACGACAUCAAAAGACGAGUUGUAGGGAUUCUUGCAAAAAACACUCACAUCACGUUCGGGGGCUCUUCUUGUCAACAUCUUUGAGCAGCAGCACCAGAAAAUCGUGGCAUCAGGCGAAAUUCGGCGACGUCACCGAGUAACAGCUGCUGGGGCGAUGCCAUCGGAAUCGAACCCUCGUUCUUCACUCGUUGUUUUGAAAGCAGGGGAUCAUCUGAAAGAUGGGGGCCACAACUGUGCCUUGCCGUACCCCGAGGAUCCUCAAGCAACAAAGCAGGGGCCAUGGAUCGCGGUUCAACAGCCGAGCAGCAGCUUCGUGUCAGAAACGCCUUUGACAACCACUGCAGCACUGGACGGGCCGCGAGCAGCAGGCCUGCAACUUGAAGCUGCAGAAGAGCGGCAACAGCAGGAAACUACAGGGAGGGGCGGAGACUUUAAGAAUGGUUUUCCACAGCCGGAGACCCUCGCCAGCACACCAGCUGCAGCGCGGACUGUUUCUUUGACAAGUGGUUCUUCCUCGUCGGCUGAGGCUCGCCCAUCGAACCCUUCGCAGUGCCUCAAUCAUAACAGAGGCAGCAGCAGCCCCAUUCGAUCGGCCCCCGCACAGCGGUCGGGCGGGACGGGCAGGGGUACUACACUUGACCGCAGUACCAGCACUAGCAGUACUAGCCGUGAUUCGCAUUCGAACUACUUUGUCACUGCGCUUGUGACCGCCAAGGACGCCGAUCAUGGCGACUAUGCCGCCUUCUGCGGCCGGGACUUGGACCAGGAGCCGCUGUACAAGUACAAUGGCGCGUUGCCUGGUCUUGUAGCUGAAGAUGCGCGCUCCACCACAACCGGAGGUAACAGCAGCCUGUCCAGGUCUUACACUGCUUCCUCACCGCCCGAUCUUUCUGCAUCGAGUGCGGAGGAAGAAGCGGCUUCGCAGACCUCCGGGAUAGUACACGACACCAAACGUGGCACCUGUUCUGAAAAUCAUUCUACCGCUCCUGACUACACUUCUGCGACUUCGAUUUCCUUUGCGACGACCGGAGAGGUAAUGUUCACUGGCAGUACGUCUAGUAGUGCCAGCAGCACCGCCAAACCGCAUCUGCAGCAGACCGGUAGCACACGACGAAGUACAACAAGUUCGGUUAACAGUGACCAGCCUUUGGUCUAUGAUGGUCUCUCGGAGGUAGAACAACGGGAAGGUAAUUGUAUUACUGGCAGACCGAUGAUAGAUCCUGCCCUGCUGCUUGAGCAGCUGCAGCACGCAGGUGGGAAGGAAAUGAUCGCCUCCAGCAAGGAGGUAGUUCACACUGCAUCUUCUACUUCCGUCACGACAAAGCCGCAGUUGCAUAAUCGGGAACAAAAGCAACAUCAAGCAGGAACCACGCCCCACACCUCAGCCGUGUCGAUGCGAGCAGCAGAUUCCACUGAAUUCAAUUCACUGGAGUCUGCUGCUGCUUCUGCUGCGUCGAGCUCCUCCUCUCGCUCGAUGUCUUCCCGUGGUCCGAUGAACGACAGCCUUGCGUCGAGCCUCUACAACAGGCGGGGGCCGACCACCUCCGAUCACGACAGCCCCGUGUUUUCACUUCACUACAGCAGCCCCCCGCCGCCGACGUACGGCGACACCAUCGCCGUACAGCCCCCACGAAGGAGCAACAGCCAGACCAAAUACCGCUCCAAUAUCGCCGGUUCGCUUCAAGUCAACCUGAACCUGCCAGAUAGCCGUGCUGCCAUUCCAGCGCACCACCAGAGUAGUGCGCGAGAAGUGGAUCCGUGGUCGUCGUCUUCGCCACCAGGCUACGGUCACCACAUUGCGGCAACGACGAAUGGCAAUGCAUUAGCACCUUUUGAACCACCGACCGCAGACUGUGUGUGCCGAGCACUCGUUUCGGCUUGCAGCCAUGUGAAGCAGGCCGCGGGCUCUGUGCUGCGGUGGCAGACCAUUUUCGCCCUUUGCUUUGGCCUGUGCUGCGUGUGGUUCAAUUGUGUCUCGCAAGUUCUGCUGGACCACCGCUACAUCUACGGACGGAUCCACAUUUUUCCGGACGCGGAAGAAAUUGCGCGGGCAAAACAAGCCACACAAGACUGGUCGCAGGAGAAGUUCGCGGAACGAGUGGAGCGUCACGCGUUGCAGCACGACGUUUUCUUCGAUCUGCUGCCCGACGCCCGCAGUAUGGAGGAUCAUUCACUCCACUUUCUUUUCGACUCCGACGCCCUCCUGAAUAACCUCCUUCGGGUAUAAUUUCUAUAUAUAAUCUUCAUGGUUCUUACUAUUUUAAUUUUUUUGGGCUUGAUUCUAAAAAUUGAAGCCACCAACAUGCAGGUCUUCGGGCACUGUAAGUAGAAAUAAAUUUAUAAGGUACCUUGUUGAAUGCAUUUUUUACUCCGCGGUGCCUAGCUUUUCAUCCGACGGACGUAAAACUGUAGAAAUAUUGUCUCAUCAAAAAAAUAACUCAGAUGACGGCCUUGGUUUUCCUGCUGUUCCAUCCGCGCCGGAGUACACUAGUGGUUCGCUUUUUGCUCUGUCAGGGCUUUGUGUUCCUGCUACGCGGAGUCAGUAUUUUUAUCACGCCUCUGCCCCCACCGGACGCCAGUUGUCAGAUCGGGCUUCCCGCACCGGACGAGAAUUACUUGUGGGAAGGAUUCAAGACGGUGUUUCGGCACCGGGUCACCUGCUGCGAUGUCCUCUUCUCGGGCCACACCGUGAACUUCACAAUGUUAACGAUGCUGUGGUGGGACCACUUUGAUCGCCACGUCUGCCCCUACCCAAGCGUGCGUUUCCUGGCUAGGAGAGCAGUGCUGUUUUACGCCUGCCUAGGGUAUAAUUCAUUGCGGAUAUUCAUUUUGCCUUUGAGAGUUUUCCUUUUGGCUAUUUGUUUCCUUUUCCGCUAGUUUCCACAUACUAUACUUUGCUUUUGCAUUCUGAUUACGUCCUCCACGUAUGGCAAUUUACUCUUCCGGGUCAGGUCAGGUUCCGCUCCUAUGGUACAUUGCUUCCAUGCAUACUAACUUCUGAAACUACAACUACUUCCAGGUUCACCGCCAUGCUGAUCACGCGGUUUCAUUACACCGUUGACCUGUUCCUGGGUGCGAUCAUUUCUUUUUUUGUGUGGCGGUACUACCACGCUCAGUGCGCCUACUUCCGGCAGCUCCUGUCGAGCCGGAGGAGCUUUGCGUGUCUGGGAAAUAAAACCUCCCGACAAUUAUACGCAAACCACCAGCUGAACACCUCAAGCGCGACGACCAGCGAAGGGGAGGAGCCCGAACAAUCUGACCCGGAGAACGUGGCCUCAGCGGCAGUUCUGCAGCAGCAAAACAAGUACGCCAAAAUCAGCACCCGGGGGCCCCCGUCCGUCGGGCACCAGCACGUAAGAACGGUUUUCGAGCGCGGCGUGAUCGAGAAUCCCCACGGGUCCCUCGCAGCUCAACACAGCAGCUACAGAAGUGGUGGACACAGCAUUGUCAAUGGUGUUCUAUCCCCUGCUGCGCACCAGCAGGCCGAUCGGGGGCAAGACCUCACCGAGAACCUUGCGCACCUGAACCACCAGUCGAGAGACGAUCUUAUAGUUCCACAGUCAGCAAGCGAUGUCGACUGUGCUGGCGACAGCACGCUGCUGGUGCCGGACGAGCAACGGGAGCAGGACUUGAUGGUCCUCGAUCACGGCGGAGUGCUAGUUCAUCCGGGCAGCCGCACGGCUUCCAAUUUAUCCACCCGGGGGCCCUCGUCCCUUCGGGGCAUGGAAGUGGAAUCAGACGCGCUGCAUUCCGACGACGUAGUGCACCGAAUCUUUAACUACAUGUCUAACAUUGGUGAGCCGAAGCGAAUGCGAAAGUACGAUCCUAUCACCUUUGUGCAGCGAGGCUUGUGUGGCCUUUUCAUGUGGUUGGAAUUCACACCGACGCUACCGUUCUUCGGGUUGCAGUUAUUCUCCGGCGAUCGGGGAGGUCCCUCGGCACCCUUGUGAAGUCGAGUAUAGUUGUUGUCCUGCGGCGAGCGACAUAUACGAGAAGCGGGAUAAUUGCUACUCCCUGUAGAUGUAACAGAUUAAACAUACUUCCACAACAGAGAGCGACAGCCAAGAAGAUACAACUCUAAACAAACGACACUGCGACAAAAUUCAAUUCGAACAAAAGUGGCUACAUGCAUAUACAGUGCUGCAAAUUUUUUUCACGUCCUGUGCCAUGAGGAAGCGUAUAGUGAAGAAGCAAGAGCCUAUCACUCUCGAGCUACGGAGCGAUACGUCACCCUUCGGGCUCCCAAAGCAAAUGGUGCGAAACGCACACCCAUUUUCCGACGUUCUUGGUGGGUCUCUCUGCCUGCAGUAGACUUUGUUCUUAGUAGAAUGGCACCCAGCCAAGUAACGCACAGCAU